AUCCUCUGUCUGCAUCUGUCCUUCUUGGCACCACCGGGCUCCCUCUUUCUGGCGCUGCUUGCUGCUGCUGCUUGCCGCCAGUCUCUCCGACCAGCCGCUUCGUAUCGUCUGCUUGAUACCGGCCACUUCAUAUCCGCUGCCUUCCCCGACUCACCAACCAACCGCACAACUGCACAACUGCACAACUGCACAACGGCCCCGCCAUGCAAAACACUUCCACUCCCUCGGUUAACCCCGAGUAUCAUCAAGUGAACAGGAUCCAGGGGAUCCGGAACCAGAUCGAUCAAACCGUCGACCAGAUGCGUGAAAACAUCGAGCUGGCCGAGCAGCGAAAGUACAGGCUCGAUAGCCUGGAGGACAAGACCGAUGACUUGGAGCGUGGCGCCAGGUCCUUUGACAAUACCGCCACCAAGAUCCAGUCAAAGACCUGGUGGAAGGCCCUCAAGUGGCGGAUCGCCAUGAUCGCUUUGAUCACCGUCAUCCUCAUCAUCGUUAUCCUGAUCAUUCUC